AUGGUCUUACUUGUGUCUGUGUCUCUGUGUGUGUGUGUGUGUGUCUCUCAGACGGAGGGUGUGCGUGUGUCCGUGGAGCUGCUGUCGGAGAGUGCUCAGAGUCCGGUUCUGUUCGUGGUCCGGCAGAAACAGGCCGUUCUGUCCUUCCAGGUUCCCCUCAUCCUCAGAGGCCUGUAUCAGAGGAAGUACCAGUACACACAGCUGGGCCGUACGCUGUGUCAGCCGCCCACCAAAGCCGUGGCAGAGACGCAGUUCUUCUACGUGGACGUGUCGACGCUGUCCAGCGCUGGGAUCCACUAUCAGCUGCGCGUCAGUCGCGUGGACAGCUUCACGCUGCAGACAGACAAGAAAUUCAGCUUCAACGCGACGCCGUCCCAACCACAGUUCUUUAAGUAUGUGUUCCCUGAGGGUGUGGACACAGUGAUCGUGAAGGUGAACUCACAGAAGAACUUCCCCUGCUCAGUCAUGUCAAUACAGGACAUCCAGUGUCCGGUUUAUGAUCUGGAUAAUAAUGUGGCGUUUAUUGGAAUGUAUCAGACUAUGACCACCACAGCUGCCAUCACAGUGCAGAGGAAGGAUUUCCCCAGUAACAGUUUCUAUGUGGUGGUGGUGGUGAAGACUGAAGACGAGGCGUGCGGAGGACCACUGCGAUUCUACCCGCUCUUACCUGAUGAGCUGCUAGAUGCUGGGAAUCGCAGUAAAACUCUGGAUGUGAUUGUUUCUCCUGCCAUUAACUCGGAGGUGUAUGUGAUGGGGAUGCUCUUCUGCCUGGGGAUCUUCCUGUCCUUCUAUCUGCUCACGUUUCUCGUGGCGUGUGUGGAGAAUAAGAGGAUGAACAGGAAGAGGGAGUGGCUUCUGAACGCCGACACCUCACCUGCAGAGACAGCGUCUCUCUUGGGAAAGGCUCCAGUGUCUCCGUAUGAAUAUGGCUCAUUUGCUGAUAACGGCAGCACAUUGAGCUCUGAAGCUGUUACUGACAGUUUAGUAUCGGCCGAUGGGAACUACGGAUACAUGGAGCGUUCCUUAGAGAGUGUCGGCCGCAGUCGCCACGAGUCUCUGAGUUCAGUAGAAGAAGACGAUUACGACACGCUGGCCGACAUCGACUCGGACAAAAACAUCGUCCGUACGAAGAAGUUCCUGUGCGUCUCUGAUCUCGCUCGUAAAGACAAUCGCAUCCUCAGCAAGAAAUACCAGAUCUACUUCUGGAACAUUGCUACGAUCGGCGUGUUUUAUGCUCUUCCUGUCAUUCAGCUGGUUAUCACCUAUCAGACGGUUGUAAAUGUCACUGGAAACCAAGACAUCUGCUAUUAUAACUUCCUGUGUGCACACCCUCUGGGAGCUCUAAGCUCCUUCAAUAACAUCCUGAGUAACCUGGGUUAUGUGCUGCUGGGGCUGCUGUUCCUGCUCAUCAUCCUACAGAGGGACAUCCUUCAUAAACGCGCGCUCGAGCGCAACGAGAGCACAGCUAUGGAGUGUGGCAUUCCCAAGCACUUCGGCCUGUAUUACGCCAUGGGCACUGCUCUGAUGAUGGAGGGGCUACUCAGCGCCUGCUACCACGUCUGUCCGAACUACACCAACUUCCAGUUCGACACGUCCUUCAUGUAUAUGAUUGCUGGACUGUGUAUGUUGAAGCUGUAUCAGAAGAGACACCCAGACAUCAACGCCAGCGCGUACUCCGCUUACGCUUGUCUGGCUGCUGUCAUAUUCUUCUCUGUGCUGGGAGUGGUGUUUGGUAAGGGUAACACAGCGUUCUGGAUCGUUUUCUCUGUCAUACACAUACUGGCCACACUGCUGCUGAGCACACAGCUCUACUACAUGGGCCGCUGGAGACUCGGUGAGUCAACACACACUCACACUCAAACACUCACAUAUCUGACAUAUUUCACACACACACACAGCUGUCGCAGUGAAACUGUCUGUCUGACGUGUGUGUGUGUGUGUCUGUAGGAUCGGAUGGUUCUGCUGGUGAUGGGAAACAUUGUGAACUGGUCACUGGCGGCGUACGGCCUCAUCAAACGACCCAACGACUUCGCCUCGUACCUGCUGGCCAUCGCCAUCUGUAACCUGCUGCUCUAUUUCGCCUUUUACAUCAUAAUGAAGCUGCGCAGCGGUGAGCGAAUCCAGUGUCUGGCUCUGGUGUGUAUUCUCUUCACCGCUGUGGUCUGGGGUUUUGCUCUGUUCUUCUUCUUUCAGGGUCUCAGUACAUGGCAGAAAACUCCAGCGGAGUCUCGCGAGCACAACCGUGAGUGUAUCCUGCUCUCCUUCUUUGACGAUCACGACAUCUGGCACUUCCUGUCCUCCAUCGCCAUGUUCGGAUCCUUCCUGGUUCUGCUCACGAUGGACGACGACCUCGACACGGUUCAACGAGACAAAAUCUACGUCUUCUGAUGGACCGAUACUAGCCAAUCACAGAGCAGCACCGGGGGUGUCGGCCAAUGAGAGGCCUCGCUACCUGAAUAUGUUUACCUGCCAGUCAGAGACGGUGUGGGAGGAGCCUCGUACGAGAGCUAAUGCUGAUAGGACAGUGAAUGUGCCAGUCAAACUGCCAGAGCUCCUCCCCUCAUUAUGUUAAUCGCUUCAGACCUGCCCUCCAAAUCUCAAUGCAUUUUUGUACCGGGGGAGUUUCUCUGUUCUCUGCGUUUGUGUCCGUCUGUGGCCUUCUGUGUCUGUGGUUUUGGACCGUGUGGUUCUGACUGUAAUCCGAGCCGAGCUGCUUCACUCAUCUAAAGAUGAUUCUGAUCUGAGAAAAUCAAUUUUGCACUGUCUUAAAAAUACAGAUUGUGUUUUUACAGAGUACAAAUGAAAUGAUUACUGAAUAAAUACUUUUUACGGUUGUUUUCGGGCG